GGCUCAGCCCCGGACCGGACGACGCAGUCGCCUGCGUCAUAGCCAUGGAGCCAACUGAGCCUUUUCUCGUCCUCAGCGACAGCACACUGCAGUUUCUGCUUCAUAACCGGACCUAUGGCACCUACAAGAUCUUCUCCGGUUUCGUGCUGAGCUGUCCUGGGGCGGCCCUCAACAUCAACCACAGCUCAGCCGGAGCGCCAUCCAUCUUGGAGCUGUUGCACUGGCAUUUUGGCCAAUGCAUGGGUGCCCGCUCCUUCUCGGCGCCCUACCGUGAUGAUGACCUGGCAGGACUACUGGCAGAUCAUAUCGGUCAGAACGUCAACGUCCGCUUCAUACCGAUCGAGGAGUCGCUUCUCCCUCAGCACCAAAGCCAAUAUGAUUUCUUGGCCGAGGCUAGGCGAGAGUAUGGCAUCAGUCGUUACAACUUGACGGGCCACGAGUUGAUGAAGUUGCAGAACCUCGAUGAGAUCGACUUUCUGUACAGAAGCAAGAAUCUGCACUUCCGGGAGCAAAUUGCACGGAUCGCCAUUGGGACCCUUGUCCAGCGAGCGAUCUCUGAGAUGCGGCGUCAACGCCCGCAUGAUUUUCCCAUUUUGCUGGUUGCUAACUGGAAUGCACGCAGAGCUGACAUGCACAGGGAAAUGAUGGCGACCCGCGCUCUAGCACUCAGUGCAACCAUGCUCGACGUCGCAGACGUGGCCCUCCAUUACUCACAUUCGCCGUGGUCGAUGCGGUAUCAAUUCUGUCCGGACAGAGAUGUGGCU